CUGUGCGUCGUGUUUACUUCCUCGACUGAUCCGGAGGUUUCUUUCAGUUUGCUCAGUUAAACCUGAGUCCUUUUAAGAUGUCCGACUAUGAGGAGAACCAGUCCAAGUUUCUACGCAAAGCCAAGGAGAAUCCCUUCGUCCCUGUGGGGAUUACGGGAUUCAUUGGCAUUGUGGCGUACCAGCUGAUGAAGAUGAAACAUCGUGGUAAUACAAAGAUGUCUGUCCACCUCAUCCACAUGCGAGUGGCUGCCCAGGGUUUUGUGGUUGGAGCUAUGACCAUGGGUGUCAUAUAUUCAAUGUACCGGGAUUACAUCGCUCAUCCCAUUGAGGAAACCAAGGCCAAGUGAGGACUGUGUUUUCAGCAGUAACCUUUUGUAAAGUUUUUCCCUAAAAUGGUUUUGAUUCAAUUCGAUGAUGAAUGGGAGUAAAGUACUUUCUUUUAAGAUGCAUUGUUUGUUAGAUAGUGUUCAUCUGCUGUGAUUACAUUGAAUUCGGAUGCAGCCUCUGUGUCAGGGAGCAGGACAUUAUAUAUGAGUUAUGAGAUGUAUAUUUGAGUGGUUAUGAGAUGGGUUAUAACAGUCUAGAGUACAGCAACAACUGAUAUUUUCGUGUCUUUGUGUUUUGAGUGUGUAUUAUCCUACUUAUUCUUUAGUUUAUACUUGAUUAUAUUGAUUGACUGAUAUAUUAAGCCUAUCGGCUUUAUAUAUCAGUCAGUUGCACUUUUUACUCCACCAGUGGCCGAUAUUUAGUUUGGGCCGACCAGCUGCCUCAAGAAUACACCUAACGCUCUGUUUGAACACUUCAGUACAAGGAGGACUCUGCACAAAACGCGAUUCCACAGCUCUUGUGUCCACUUUGUACUAAAACGGGGUUGUGGAUGAUUUAGUAAUAAAUUCAAAAUACAUAACUUCUGCAUAAUGGUAAAUUGGCCCUGCUCAGGAUCUAAACAGUUGGCAUCAGCAUCGGCCAUGAAAAAAAAGACAUACACAUCAAUCUCUAGUUUAUACACUACCAAAAAACAUGCCUCCAAGAACCACUUGGGGCUUGAUAUUUUUUGGAUGUUUUAUAAUCUGUGUUGCACCACUGCUGAGAGAACUCAUUUGAAUGUGUCAUUGUAAUAAUAAACAAUAAACAUUGUAAUAAAUGUAUUUCUUUUCAUUA